AUGAGCGCUACUCGACUGAUCAUCCGUCACGGAUACACCGAUGAGAUUGUGACCCCGGACCUAGGUAUUCUCGUCCUGGACUUGAUCCGGGGAUACCUUGCUAACAAGCUGCUUUCUACCAAGAGCCCUGGUGGCCACGAAGACCAAAUGAGCGUUCUUCAGCGUGCGUGGAAGUCCCAGGUCAUUUACAUCGUUGGCAAAGAGCAGAUGAAGAUUCCGGCCAAGACUCCGAUUCUCCGUCGCCUUUUCCUCUGGAUAUUCUUGUGGAUGAGGGACGCUAGUCGGACCAAGGUGCAACACUUGAAUGUGGAGGUAGACAGGGUGGUAGAAGUAGGGUUUGUCAAGGAGAUCUAG